GCUCUAUCCGAUAUAACUAUAGCGAUGCGACACUUACGACUUCUUCAAAUCUCAUUCAAAGAAACUUGCACCCGCACAGAAUGACUGACCUCAACAGACUGCGUCCAUGCGGCAGACUCGAAACUUACAGCACCGCGCGGCAUCAUCUAGGAUUUUACAAGAGUGUUGGCUUUACCGCAGAAUACGUAACAUCCGAAAUUCCUCAACUGUCUCUCGAGGAUCGGGUCUACUUUGCGCUUCGACACGUUAUCGCCGAGCAUCCAAUCCUGAGCGCUAUCGCUGUGAACGAGGACCAAUCUUACCCUAAUGUGUACUUUGCGCACCUACCCGGAAUUGACCUGCGUACCUGCGUGGAGAUAUGUGAGCGCAAGAAGUCGUUUCCGAACGAUGGCGAGACGGAUGAAGAACUCGACGAGAUGUUAGCACAACAACAUAGCCGCGGCUUCAAGGAAGGAUUGAGAUCGAAGCCUUACUGGCGCUUACUCGUUUUCAAGUCACCAACCGAUGUGACUAGAUUCACUGCGACAUGGAUGUGGCAUCAUGCUUUGGCAGAUGGAGCGUCAGCUUUCCUGUUCCACGAGUCAUUCCUGGGUGGCCUGAAUUCUCCAGAAACGGAAAGCAACGUAGAGCCAAUGGUCAAGUCUUCGACUAUGGCUCUACCACCACCGCUAGAGGAGCUGCACCCAAUGACGGUCUCAUGGCCAUAUUUCAUCCAAGCCAUACUUGGAGCCUUGCUGCCUUCAGUGUUCGCAAAGCGACCUCCGAAGCUCUGGACAGGUAACCCUGUGCAGCAAGACGCAGAACCACUUCCGCAGCCUCGAUAUCACACGCUUGUUCUGUCGAAACCAACCACAGAUAAAUUGGUACAGCUCAGUCGAGCCGAGAAAACAAGCAUGACAGCAACGUUGCAAUGUCUCAUCGCGGCAUCGCUCUUCGCACAUCUUCCAGCCCAAGACUAUGAGAAGCUCAAGAUCGAGGGGCCGAUAGCUAUGAAGAGAUUUUUGGACGUCGAGGAAAAGCAGAUGACACUUGCGAUGACACAGUAUGGAUACCACCAUGAGCGCCUUGCGUCGCAAAAUCUUCAGGGCCUAGCAAAGUCUAGCGUCCUGGAUCAGUUCUCAUGGGACAUUGCACGAGCAGUCAAGUCCGCCAUCUCUGCGGAAGUCGCCAAAGCUGGUACGGAUAACUCUAUUGCGCUGCUGAAGUAUGUGUCUUCGAUGCCACAAUUCUUCCUCGAUAAGCUGGGCAAGCCUCGGUAUCCUUCUGCAGAGCUGUCCAAUGUAGGUGUAUGGAAGAACAAGCAAAAGCCGGGAAACUGGGCUAUCGGAAGGAUGGUGUUCAGCCAGUCACCUAAUGUUGUAACAAGUCCUUUGGCCGUCAGCGUCGUGACUGGUGGCGAUGGUAAUGCGACCUUGAACUAUUGCUGGAUACAGGACGCUGUAGAGGAUGAGUUCAUAUGGAAGGUCAUUGAAGGAGUAAAAGGCGCCAUUGAAGGUUUGGUGGCUGGACAUGAUGCAUAACUGAAGUGUAUGCAGGUUGUAACACCAGCGAUUCCUUAGUUACGAUCGCCAAUCCCUGCCUCCAUAUAGAUCUCACCACUAAUAUGAAGCUUCGAGAAUACCACCGCACAGGAAUACUUUUGUUUCCGGUCAGAUCAAAUCACAUUGUUGCCGAUAACGACACUGGUGGAUUGCCUCUAAAAGUCGAGGAAGAGAAUUAGGUAUAUGGGAGAGCUGAUUCCUACCAAGUUUUACCACAAUCAUACCACAAAGCGCUCAACUCACGCA